GCGCUUGUGUGACAGAGAGAGAAAGAGAGACGUGUCCACUGUACAGCAUAGACGACAAUGACAAUAAAGAUAAUGGUUUAGGCCCAAACUGUACGUGUGGACCAAAACUGCAUUCACUGUUUGUGUCCAAGCAAUAGAUUGAGUGGCUCUUAAUGCGAUGGGAGGAGACGGUGGUGCUGAGCCCGUAAUCCACUUUGUGUUUGUUCAUGGGGCUAGUCACGGAGCUUGGUGUUGGUAUAAACUCACCACUCUUCUCGAAACCGCCGGAUUCAAAGCCACCUCCGUCGACCUCACUGGCGCUGGAAUCAGCCUCACUGACUCUAACACCGUCUUCGACUCCGACCAGUAUAACCGUCCUCUCUACUCUCUCUUGUCCGCUCUUCCUCCAUCCCACAAAGUCAUACUCGUCGGACAUAGCAUCGGCGGAGGAAGUGUCACCGAUGCUCUCUGCAAGUUCACAAACAAAAUCUCCAUGGCCAUUUACCUCGCGGCUUCCAUGGUUCGACCCGGAUCCACCCCUUCUCCACAUCUUUCCUCAAACAUGCAUGCAGAUGCAGGAGAAGAAGAAAUAUGGGAGUUCACAUAUGGUGAAGGUAAGGAUAAGUCACCCACCGGAGUCAUCAUGAAACAGCAGUUUAUACGCCAAUAUUACUAUAACCAAAGCCCUCUUGAGCUAAAAACAAAAGAUUGUACAAAUGUUGGUUUUGUCCAACAUAGAGUGGAAUAAAUUGCGUGCAUUUGAUGUUUACAAAAUUGAGUGGAUUAGGAGUCAAGCACAUCGAGAUUACGAUGGGAGGAGACGGUAAUGAUGAUGAAUCCGGAAGUGUAUCAAAUCUAACAUUUUAAGUGUUUAUUCAUGGGGCUCGGAGCUUAGUCUUGGACUUGGGCCUUAAUACUAUAACCAAGCCCUGUCGAUGGUUACUAACUUAAUUACUGUAAAUUGCAUUCUUGGUUUCUUUGUAACAAUAAAUUGUAGGAUAUAUGUAUUAUUUACUGAGAAAUGAAUAGUAUAUCAUAUUCCAUAAUA